GGUUACGACUGAUAAACAUAUGGCCUAUCCAGUAUAAAUUAGAGGGUCCUACGCUUAGCAAGCUCAGUUCUCAGUAAACUAUCAACUUCAAAACUCAACAAACAACCACAACAAACAAUCAUGGCUGUCUUAGAAAUAGGUUUGGCCCUUCUGGCCAUUAUCGUGCUCAUCUACUGGUGGUCUAUUGCCACAUUCAAGACCUUCGAACAACGGAGCCUGCCCUUCGAGAAGCCAUGUCCAUUUUUUGGAAACACGAAACAAUCGGCUCUCCAAAAAGUCUCCCACCAAAAGGAAAUAACCGAGUUCUACUUGCGAACCCGUCACCAUAAGGUCGUUGGCUUCUAUAAUCUGCGCACCCCAAUGAUCCAAGUGAACGAUCCCGAACUGAUCAAGAAGAUCUUGGUCAAGGAUUUCGAUUACUUCCCCAACCACCAGCUCUUCAUAACCACCAACGAGCGUCUGCUGAACGACAUGGUCAACACAAUGAGGGACCAGCGUUGGAAGAAGAUGAGGAACACCCUGACCCCAGUCUUCACAGCGGCCAAGAUGCGGAGCAUGUUUGUCCUAAUGAACGAUAGCUUCGGGGAGUGCGUCCAGCACUUGAGGACCCAGGGGCAAUCCCAAUCCGUGGAGGUGGACAUGAAAGUUCUCUUCCAGAAGCUAACCAGCGAUGUAAUCGCCACAACGGCAUUUGGGCUAAAGGUGAACUCUUUUGAAGAUCCUACGAAUGAGUUCUAUCAUGUGGGCUCCACGCUGAUUUUCUCCAGCGGAAUACAGUUCUUCAAGUUUACCCUGUCCGCCCUCAUGCCUAAGCUGUUUACAUUCUUUAACAUGGCGAUUUUUGAUGGCGCCAAAGUGGACUACUUCGUCCGCCUUGUGAUAGAUGCCAUGAAGCAGCGCGAGAAACUUAACAUAACUCGACCCGACAUGAUCCAAUUGAUGAUGGAGGCCAAGAAGGAGUCGACUGUGAAUUGGACCGAUGACGAGAUUGUUGCCCAGUGCUUCAUAUUUUUCUUUGCUGCCCUUGACAACAACACCAAUCUGACCUGCAUAAUUGCCUACGAGUUGCUCCACAAUCCCGACAUUCAGCAGCGAUUAUACGAGGAGGUUCUGAACACGAAGGAAUCUCUAAACGGCGGACCAGUUACCUACGAUGACGUCCAGAAAAUGACCUACAUGGACAUGGUGGUAUCGGAAACACUACGGAAGUGGACACUUGCGCCCACUGUAGAUCGGGUCUGUUCCAAGGACUACACUCUUACCGACGAGGACGGUACAAAGCUCUUUGAUUUCAAGGCCGGUGAUCGUGUCUCCAUUCCCAUAGCCGGCCUGCACGGAGAUGAUCGAUACUUUCCGGAGCCCAGAAAGUUUGAUCCCGAGCGGUUUAGCGAGGAACGAAAGGGUGAUAUAGUUCCCUUUACUUUUAUACCUUUUGGUGCCGGACCUCGUAGCUGUAUAGCCAAUCGAUUUGCCCAAAUGCAGGUAAAGGGCAUGCUUUACCACUUAUUGCUUAAUUUUAAGAUUGAGGCCUCUCCGAGGACUCUCAAGGACAUGUGGGAGUCGGCACGUUUUAGUCUGACGCCCAAGUCUGGAUUCUACAUGCAAUUGGUACCACGAAAGUAAACCAAUUGGAUUAACGAAAAGACUGGAUUUGUGAUCAAAUAACCUAUGAAUGUUUGAAUAUUUAACGCAACUAUGACCUGGAAAUAAUAGUAUUCUAAUGAUGGAUUUCAAUAUACAUCACUUGCAAGUGA